AUGGCCCCUAGAAAGAACAAGGAAGCCGCCUCCUGGGAAGUCAACAAGGACACCCCCAAGCCCCAGGGCGAGACCCGUCCAAGGAGGGCAUACUGCGUCAAGGAGCUCGUCACCGAGCCUGCCCCUGGUGUCACCACCGUCCACGACCUUCUUCUCUACGCUGCCAAGACCCACGGCGACAAGAAGGGUUUCGCUGCCCGAGACGUCAUCAAGGUCAUCACAGAGGAGAAGGAGGUGACCAAGAAUGUCGGCGGCAAACAGCAGAAGGAGAUGAAGAAGUGGAACUAUUUCAAGCUCUCCGACUACGACUGGCUCUCUUACAACCAGUUCCUCGACUUUGCCAAGCAUGUCGGUUCUGGAUUGAGGCAGCUUGUUGGUGAGGACUCGCGAAAGGAAAAGUUUUUCAACAUUUACGGUCAAACAUCCCGUAACUGGAUGCUUGUCGCCCAAGCUUGUGCCUUCAACGCCGUCCCUAUCUCCACCGCCUACGACUCUCUCGGACCUGAUGGCCUCAGACACGCCCUCAACGAGGCCGAAGUCCGCGGCAUGUUUACCAACGCCGACCUCUUCGGUACCCUCAUCAAGGUCAUUGAACAGACCAAGACUGUCGACCUGAUUGUCUAUGACGGCAAGGCCGAUGAGAAGCUCCUUGAGCAGAUCAAGGGUGUCAGGGAGGGUUUGAAAGUGAUCCAUUUGGAUGAGGUUGUCGAGCUCGGCAAGAAGCAGCCUGUGGAGGCUAUCCGAGCCAAGUCCGAGGAUGUGUACUGCUGCAUGUACACCAGUGGUUCCACCGGUACCCCUAAGGGUGUGCUCCUUACGCACCUCAACGUCGUCUCGGCCGUUGCCUCCGUUUGGACUCUCUUGUACGAAUACCUCACCCCCAAAGACUCUUACCUCGCCUUCCUCCCCCUCGCCCAUAUCCUCGAAUUUGUCGUCGAAAACUCUUUCGUCUUUGCUGGUCUUCCCAUCGGUUACGGUCGAGUCAAGACUUUGACUGACGCGAGUGUACGAGAGUGCAAGGGUGAUAUCGCCGAGUUUAAGCCUUCCAUCAUGGUCGGUGUCCCCGCCGUCUGGGAGCUUAUCCGAAAGGGUAUCCUCUCCAAGGUCGACCAAGCCGGCGGCCUCAAGAAAUCUGUCUUCAACUUUGCCCUCAAGGCCAAGACUGCCGCUAACGCUUACGGCAUUCCGUUCGUUGCUGGUCUGACCGACGCUAUCGUCUUUGACGCCGUCCGCGCCCAGACUGGUGGCAACUUGAAGAUCAUGUUUAGCGGUGGCGGUGCUGUUUCCAAGAGCACUCAGCAGUUCUUGAGUACUGCUCUCGUCACCAUGAUUCAGGGUUACGGUCUUACCGAGUCUACUGCCAUGGCCGCCAUCCUCAACCCGGGAUGGAUGCAAUACGGCGCCGUCGGUGGCCCCGUCCCCGCCGCCGAGGUCAAGCUCGUCGACGCCCCCGAAGCCGGCUACUUGUCCACCAACGACCCUCCCACCGGUGAGAUUCUCGUCCGCGGCCCUGCCAUCUUCAAGGGCUACUACAAGCGACCUGACCUCGACAAGGAGGCCUUCACCGAGGACGGUUGGUUCCGCACUGGUGAUGUUGGUCAGUGGAACAAGGACGGUACUCUGUCCAUCAUCGACCGACUGAAGAACCUCGUCAAGCUUUCUGGUGGUGAAUACAUUGCCAUCGAGUACCUCGAGUCCAUCUACAAGUCUUGCCCCUUGGUUGCCAACGGUGCCGUCAUUGCCAACGGCGAGCACAACAAGCCCGCCAUGGUCGUCGUCGGCCACCCCCAGAACCUGCCUGCUUUCGCCAAGAAGAAUGGCUUGGGAGAUAGUGAGGACCUUGAGCACUUGUGCACGGAUGAAAAGGUUGUGGAGGCCGCGCUCAAAGAGUUGAAUGCGGUGGGUAAGAAGGCUGGGUUGAAGGGUAUGGAGCUGUUGGAGGCGAUUGUGCUUGUGGCGGAUGAGUGGACACCUGAAAGUGGAUUCUUGACAGCUGCCCAGAAGCUGCAAAGAAAGACCAUCGACAAGCACUACGAAGACAGGAUCAAGGCUGUCUACCCUUAA